AUGAAUACUUUUAUCAGAUCGUUAAGAUCUACCGUGAGAAUUUCCAAUGUGAUGGUUAAUAACAGUACCAGAAAUAUAUCAAUGGUACCUAUCUACCGAUCAAUGUGGUCAUCAACAGGGAAAUUAGACCAAAUACGACCUUUAAACGCUCGCCUUGCACACUCAUCAGUUGAAAAAGAAUUGCAACAGUUCUUGGACAAUGAAAUAAAAAGCGAAGAACAGACAUCCGACAAAUCACAUUUACCUAAAACAUUUGAAGGAUUCAAAGUAUCUGCUGAUGGCGCUGAAGUAGAAUUGACAAAGGAAACUUCCGAUGAAACAAUUGCCAUUAAAUUUAACAUCAAUCACUCGGUAACAGAAGAAGAAACUGAAGGAGUAGAUAAAGUUGCAUUAAGAUCUAAGCCAGAUUUUGAAAUAGAUAUAACUCGAGGUGAUGUUAUUCUUGGCUUCAACUGUUCAUAUGCCAACAACUUUGAAAACACAGAACUAGAUGAAUCAAAUGAUGAAGUAUUUCACAUUGAUGAAGUAACUAUUUAUGAAAACAAAUACUCCGACAAUAAAUAUGCCUUAGCUGGAGAUACAUUGGAUGCUGAUCUCUAUGAUUUAUUGAAGACAUUCCUAACAGAGAAAGGCAUAUCCAACACAUUUGUUGAAAAUAUUUCAGAUUUGAGUACACAGUAUGAACAAAAAGUAUAUAUCAAAUUUUUAAAUGAUCUAAGAAAAUUUUUUUAA